CGGCACCGCGUCGGCUUACUCGACCCCUCACCUCCGUCUUUGCGCACCGUCUCCCGUCCUGCCCCGUCAACCCGUUCAAAUCUGGUUCCGUCUUGCUGGGACCCCUUGCAACAUCGCAGCCCGUUCGAAGCGGGUCCUUGGCAGAUGCAAAAAAGACAGCGGCGGUCUCCAUACUCAUCCCUGCCCGCACCAUCACCACCCCUCCACCCGGUUCAAGCUCUUCGACCAGGCCCAGAAUGGCGGCGGCGGCGAUUCUUCUUUCGCUCUUGGUUUCUCCAUCACGCUACCCAGAGCACCACACCAGGGACCAGGGACAAGGAGGGUGCGAGAGGGACUGCUAUGCUUCUAAGCAGCCCACGAGUUGGUGCGCUGUCUGGGGCCCAAUCGACGACCCUGGACCCCAUUGGAUUGUUGCGUUGCCGGUAUGUACGUUGCGGUCCUGGCAAUGUCUGUCAAAAUGUUGCUUACCUACGUACUUACGAACCAGAGGAUGCUGCUUUCACACAUGUGCAUGUAGCUUCUGCUCUGCUAACUAGUUUCCCCGAGUCUUGACAUACCGGCACCCUGUCCGGGGCCUAGCUUUGUCUGCUGCGUCUCUUCUCCCAUGCGUCGCGCCAUAUAUAUUUCCUCCCAGCCCGGUUGCAAAGCAUCAUGGUGUAGCUUAGUUCGCAUUACACAUCACCUUCCAGACACACCUUUCCAGACGACGCGUUGCCCAUCUACCUCCUCGUAUAUAUCAUCCUACUCUUCGCCCAGACUUCACACCCCUUGGACCACGAGACAACAUCUAGUCGACCCGUUUCCCACCUCAUACACCCCAUAACUCUUCCAUGCCUCGCCCCACUGCCACCCAAUCAUUACACAUGGACCACUCACUGCCACUCAACAUGUACGACGACAUGGACGCCUUCUUGGAUAUGGAAGCACCGUACGUUUAUGACGAAACAGAGCAGUACUUGGACACUGCCAGCUCAUCUGAGUCAACGAGCCCCAUUAUCUCUACCUUUGACAUGACCUUUGUAAACGACUUCAAUGGCACCGACCAAGGCAUUUAUCCUAGCCCAAUGAGCUCCUCCCGCGAUACAGCAUCACCUCAGCCUACCAUGGACGAGAAAGCUGGAACAAGCAAGGGCCCAGCUAAGAGAAAGCGUGAAAAUCGGUACAAGAAUGCGCCCCCUUCGGUGCUCUCACGUCGUCGAGCACAAAACAGAGCCUCACAAAGAGCAUACCGCGAGCGCAAAGAUCAGCGCAUAAAGGAUCUCGAGGUCAUGCUCUCAGACCAGAAGCAGAAGAAUGACUCCCUCAGCCAAGCCUACUCUGCCCUCCACGCCGAGUUCAUCAAGAUUCGGGGAGCGCAAGCGAGGGCGGCGCAACAACAGCAACAUCAACACAUGCCGCGACACCCAGCCGCGCCGGAAAUGGCUUACGAUCCGACGGCCGCCGCCCACAUGGGCAUGUCGUCACACCCAGGCGCGAUGGAAUUCGCGGACAACAUGUUCAUGUUUCAGGAUAUGCAGACUUACACCCUCUAAAGAGUGGGAAAGCUGCCCUGAGAGAGAGGGGUCGGAUAAUGGGCAAUUGAGCGAGCGGCAAGGGAAACGCAAAAACAGGGGCCGCGAAGAAUAUCCCACUCGUUUUCGAGGAAAAAGAAGAAAAGAUCGGAUGCUCAAAAUAUGGACGCGCAAUCGAAUGACAUGACUGUCAAAAACGUACGGAUGGAAUACGACCGACUGGCGUGACGAAUGCGGAGGUUCGCCUGAUUUUUUCUCUUUUCAUCACAUUCACUCUUCUCAUCAGCUUUGUUUUUUCUUGGUUUCUUGUUGUUUGCUUUGGGUCCCGGCGUGCUUGAGAUUUCUGGCUCUAUUAUUAGAUGGAAAACAUGGGCUGGCUGGCAUCGGACUUCAUUCUACUUCUGUUCUUGUUUUAUCUGGCGUUUCUUGGGAAUAUCGGAGUCUGGUUUCCACUAUUCUUGAUGAUGAUGACACCGAUGGGAGGCCAUUCCGAGAGGAAAUUCUUUCCCCGCAUUCGAAUGUCACGAUGCACACAAUUAGUCUUUUAC